AUGCUGGCGGAAAGAAAAGACCCCUGCCAGCGAUGCCAUGCCCAGAAAAUCAAGUGCUCAGGUGGAAUGCCAUGCUCGCGGUGCGUACUAGCAAGCUGCGAGCUACAAUGCACGUAUGUUGUGCGUGAUCGGAAAAUCCGCGUGGACGAAAGCUAUUUACAACGGCUUACCGAGGAGAAUAAGGAGCUUCGUCAAUACAAGCUACGCACAACUGGUACUACCCAUGUGGAGAGUUCGACUGGCAGCCCAAGGCCCACACCUAUCCAAGCAACGGAUGCAGGGAAUCCGAUAAUGAAGGAGCGGCCUUGGUUCCAGUCAUAUAAUGAGCCUGCUCUCCCAAUAUUCGUCAGUGAGGUUGCAUGUACGGCGUUUGCAACUCGGCUAUGUCAGUGGUUGGCUAGCGACGACACCUCCACAUCGCAUAUACCCCGGAUACAGUACACCAACGAGUCCACUUUGAAACUACUUUCACAUGUAGAAACUGCAUGGCCCAGUCUGAGUCGGGCUCGCCUACUUGUGAAUACUGCGCUUGGACAUGCGAACCCUAUCUUCCACUUAACAUUGCGGAAACGGACCGUUGACUAUCUUGACUCGAUCUACCAAAACGCAACCUUUACUGACCCGGUUCAUCUCUGCAAGUACUUUGCCCUCUUUGCACUCGGCGAAGUAUGUUCAGUACCAACUGCCCAACUACAUGAUGGCACUGCUCCAGGGACAGCAUAUUAUGCGCGAGCUGUCAGCCUCAUCCCUGUUCUACCAGAACGGCCGAACAUGGCCCAUCUCGAGGCGCUUCUAAUCCUGUCUCUUUACAGCCAAUUUCUCAACAGAUGGCAAACGGCGUAUACCAUUAUCGGGACUGCUCUACGCCUCGGCCUGUCCGUGGGUCUGAAUCACAACAUCCCCCCUGACCAAUGCCCCGACCCAGUGGCGCGAGAAAACCGUGUCCGAGUCUGGUGGACAAUAUACGGCUUUGAUCGAUUCUGGGGCCUGAAGCUCGGGCUUCCUGUUCAGGUGGAUGACUGUGAUGUCCACGUUGAUCUGCCUUCUGACAUGGGCAGUCACGACGAGUUCACGGAAUGUUCGUACCAGAUCGCCCUUAUCAAGCUAGCAAAGGUUGCGAGUAAGAUUAUGCGCACUAUCUACAGCCGGGCAACGCCCGUGGAGAACUUCCUACACCGCGAGCAGGCGAUAUUGGUUGACCUGAAACAGUGGCUGGAAGAGCUGCCUGUCCACUUGAGACUCCAGACGGGUGGAAACAACCCCAGGCCUACAAUUUCCAUUCAUCUCCAGUUUAAUUAUUGCGUUAUCCUCGCCAUCCGUCCAAUCCUACUAAGCAUGCUCGACCACCACUAUGUCCAACCCCAGUCCAAAACCCUCCCCCCAGCCCUAAGCACUCUCAGUGAAGCGUGUAUCGGGUCCGCACGGCAAACCCUGAUCCUUUGCGCCGAGGAGUGGUCAACAGGAUCGCUACCUGUAUACGGAUACGCCUUUGCGCAGUACAUCUUCACCUCGUCUCUAGUCCUGGUCAUCUCAAGCCUUCUCCCAUGCGGCACUCCAAAGGACCACGAGUAUAUCGAAACCGCCUCUGAGAUGCUCCGAUGUCUUGUGGCGAGUGGGCGUUUUGUCGCGCAGGAUUUCUCUAUUCAUCUUCACAGGGUACGAGAUUGUUGUAGCCAAUUCUCGUCACAGCCGUCGUCGAGAGAAGGGAUAUCAUACCUUUACCAUACUCCAGCAACCGUUCAACCGGGGGACACUGGGGACACUGGGGGCAUGUUAUCACACCCUCCCUAUCCACACUGCUAUGCCAUGCCAAAUUCCGAUUCCACGUUCAAUCCGACAAUCCCCGCGACGCCGGAUCUAGCUCUCUAUCAGCCUGGGAUACAGGAUAUUCUCAGCCAGUCGGUCCUUGAUAUUGAUCUCCUCCAACCUCUAGAGUUCCCUGGGGAUGAGAGCCUCAUCAACCCAUAUGUUUCUUUUCCUCUUUGGGAUAAUAGUGAUAUUUGA